AACUGUCAAAAUAUACGCAGUGUUUUCUUCUAAAUUUAUCCACGUAGUUUCUAGUUUUUUGCUAAUAAAAUGGUUUAUGUGAAAAAUUGGGAUGAUUUUGAGAUAGCUGCUGAGAAUAUGUACAUGAGGAAUCCCCUCCGAAGUCGAUUUUCUAUGAAAUACAUCCAUCACAAGGGACAAUUGCUGCUAAAAUUGACCGACGACAUAAAGUGUGUUCAGUACAAAACGGAAGUUAUGCCGGAUUUGAGGAAAAUAGAGAAAUUCACUGGGAACAUCAUGGGCCACAUGGCAUCAAAUGAAUGAAGGAAAUUGUUUUGUACAAUUACUCACUUGUUUCCUGCUGAACUGCAUUCUCCAGAUGGUGAUUUAAGUUUAUUAUAAUAAAUUUGUUCUAAAAGA